AUGGACCGAGAGUAUAAAAGAGAUGCGAAAACACAAGAGAAGAAUAAAAAUGGCUCAGUGAUGGCACGACGAUCAGAAAGAUGCCAUCUCAGCACAACAAGUUACCAAGAAGAAGAGACCUGGCAUGGAUAUGCCGCGGAAGGAGUCGUUGGCAACACGCUACCGCGACUCUCACAGCUGCACAUGGAGACUGUCGGCACUGUAUAUAAGCCUCCCAUGAUGACUCACGAGGCUUCUUGGCUUCUUGGCUCCUGUCUUCUUCGCUUCAUCGUUGCUGGCUCCGUGCUCCGUAUUCAGCUGGUUCGAAGUCGUCUUCUCGAAGGAAACAAUACUCGUCCCUCAAUAACAAUAAUCAAUAACCGUACCAAAACGAAUCAAUAUCCGCGUGGCAGUACAAGUACUGUAAGGCGAGCUCAAUACAACCCCCAAGGCUGCUAA